GAGCCUCUACGUGACCUCGUUCUUGCGCACUUGAUGUUGAUUGCCACCGCAACAUCAUGAUAGAUACAAAACAACCCAUGUCAUGGCGGUUGGCUCCAGGUCGUCCUUGAGGCGUUCAGGAUUACGCGAUCAGAGUUCAAAUUCCCUUCCACGAUCCAGUCCUCGUUCAAGUUUGAUCGCGUCGGACAGCCACAAGACACACCUCCGCCCUCAAUCAGACUCUCGCUCUCUGCCACAGGCACCUCCGCUCCUGACCCAGUCCCGCGAUGCCGGCAACAUCCUUCCAUCCAAGCGCCUGAGAGCCUCAACCAUUUCGGACAAGGAUCACAUUUUCAAGAGAAGGCGGCUGUCGAACACCAGGGACGAUGUACCACAACUGCACAUUCCCUUGAGGAGUCGAGUUCCAAAGUUUAACCCGCCUGCACCAGCCAGUGUCGUACCUCAGGCUGAAAUAUCUACAUUAACCCCGACCACAUCCACAUCCACCCCAAUCGCGUCGCCAAGUGGCAAGCCGCAGUAUGAGCAGAUCAAGAUCAUCGAGGCCAAGGCCAAAGCCGCAAUCCGCAACAAGGCAGUCACCUCAACGCAGGAUGAAAAACGAAAGCUACGCUCCGAAGAUGGCGGCUCACGGGCCAAAACAGAGCUCGCCCAGUACUUUCCCGAGUUUGAGGAAAUGCUAAGCCUCAAGGCUCCUGAUCCAGAUUCCAUCACCACCAGAACACACGUUGUACUAAUUGAUGACACGCCCGACUUCGAGCCGCGCCCACCCAAGGAGGACCCAUUCGGUGCCAACAAGCCAUUGUAUCUCACGGAUACGAUACAAUUUUCUCGACGGGGAACAAUUACAGAUCUGGCAGCACCUGACCCACUGCAUGAGGACUACUACCUCAAGAUCCAUGCCAAGGCGGAGAGGCACGAAAAACAAAUGAAGAAUGGAGACCGGGAACGAGCACAACAUGAAAAGUAUCAGUUGGAAAAGUUGUUGGAGGAUCUCCGUGGCCCCGAUUGGCUUAAAACGCUGGGCAUCACCGGAGUGACUGAUUCGGAAAAGAAACGAUACGAACCGAAGCGAACACUGUUCAUUCGGGAGAUCCAGGCGUUGAUCGAAAAAUUCCGGCGAUGGAAGGAAGAGGAAAAACGACGGAAGCUGGAACGAGAACAGGCGCUCCUGGAGGAAGAAAUGAAAACAGAGGAGCAAGAAGAGGAAGGGGAGGAGGACGAGGAGGAGGAGCAGAAAGGUCGAAGAAAUAGCAAAGCCGACAGGGGUCGCUCAUCAAGUGAAGAUACAGCAGAAAGCAUGGACAGCACGUCGUCUCAGGCUCCGAACUCGAGCGAACUGGAUGCAUUGGCCUCGCAACAACUGAUUGAAGAGGCAGAAAGCGCACGUCGCAGAAAAAAAUUGGCUACCAAAACGGUCGAGCAGACAGGGCCACCGCCUCUUCCACCCCCACCUGCGCCUCCGAAGCCGUUCACAUCUUUCUUCUCAAAGAAACAUCUGAGAGACGCGGCGGUGGCAGGACGACAGCGAGGACGGAUCAUCCUGGCGUUUGGUGUACCGGUACCUGAUCUGGCGGAGCACGAAUUCGAACUGCCUAGUGAGAUUCUGACCGAAGACGCCAUCAGACGCAGUCAGCGGUCACGCCGUCGACAGCGACGAAGAGAUGAUGAAUGAUGGCGAUACAAGACCAAGACAGAGCCCAAACGGGAGAUGGUGUUGGUGGAGAACCCAGCACGUUCAAGCUGUGCAGAUUGGACAGCAGAACAUGAGAGAUACAAAAAGAUUUGGUGUCAUUAGGUUGAUGUAUUGUUAUUAUUUUUACAUGCUACACUGCUGCUUUAGGUGUCAGGUACCUUACUUAAGCAAAGGACGGUAGUCCAUGUAUUGAU